AUGAGCAUAGAAAAAGAUGUGGUUUAUGUUGGUAUCGAUUUGGGUACCACAUUUACUUCAGUUUGUGAAAUAAGAAAUAACAAUCCUUUCUUUUAUACAUCUGAACUUGGCUAUGACUCAAUCCGGUCAUGUGUUGCAUUCACAGGUACAAAAUGUAUCGUUGGUCAAAAUGAAAAUUCAGUAAAGAACAGUAUUUUUGAAGUCAAAAGACUUAUGGGUAAACGUGUGGAUAGUGAAGGUCUUGAUUUAAAAAACCUUAAGGGACGUUUACUAAACACCCCUGUUGAACUAAGUGAAGGCAGACUUGCAAUUGAAGUUGAAAGACCUGCAAAGAAAGGGAUAAAAAAUCAAGUAAUCCGUCUUCUUCCUGAACAAGUCUCAGCUUUAAUUCUAUUAAAAGUAAAAGAACUUAUAUUAAAAAUACACAAGAAUGUUACAAUCAAAGCAGUUAUAGGAGUUCCAGCAGCAUUUGGUGAUGAAGAAAGAAGAGCAACCGAACGAGCAGUAAAAAUGGCAGGGAUUGAACUUAUAAGAAUGGUAAAUGAACCUACAGCUGCUGCAAUGGCUUAUGAAAUAAAAGAUGGGUCAGUGUUUGUCUUUGAUUUUGGAGGAGGGACAUUAGAUAUUUCUGUCAUAAAUUAUGUAAAUGGACGACCUCAAGUAAAAGUAACAAUGGGAGAUCCUUUUCUAGGAGGAAAUGAUAUUGACUAUAAUAUUCAAAAAUAUUUAAUUGAAGAAAUCAAAGAACGUGCAAAAGGUUCUUGUUCUGAAGAAGAAAUAAACAAUAUAAUUGAAAAGAAAAAAGGUGUAUUAAAGAAUUGUGCAGAAGAUUUAAAAAAAGGAUUGUCAGAGAAGUACAAUAAAAGUAGAGAAGCAACUAAAGUUGAAUGUACGAUAGAUAUAGGUAUUAAAGAUUUAGAAGAUCAGUCAUUUGAAUUAACGUAUACUAAAUUCUUAGAAUUAAAUCAAGAAAUCUUUAAGAGGUGUCAAGAGUUAAUGAAAAGGGCUCUUAGAAAAAGUGGAUAUACUCAAAAGACAAUUGACCAUGUAUUAAUGGUAGGAGGUUCAUGUAAAUGUCCAAGAAUUAAAGGAAUGUUAAUUGAUUUCUUUGGGAGUGAAAAAGUAGAUCAAAUAAAUACUGAUUUUGAUUUAUUGGUAUGUAAGGGAUGUGCGUUUUUAGCACAAUCAAUUGCCACUGAAGAUAUUUCAAAUAUAUUAGAAGGAGAAAUUGCAUCUAAAACUAUUGGAAUUGAACUAAUGGAUGUUAGUACUAAUAAAAAAAGUAUUGAACCAAUUAUUAAAAGUGGAACUCCAAUUCCAUAUGAAACAAAAAGAGUGUUUGUUACAACAGUUGAUUAUCAAAAAGAGUUAUUAUUAAAAAUUUAUGAAGACCAAAAUCUCUUAACAGACCUUUUAAUAUCCCCAUUACCAACAAUGGUUGCGGGUUUUGUUGAAAUUGAAGUUACAUUUUCUAUUGCAGAUGAUGGUAAAUUAUUGACUAAAGCCAAAGUAACAAAGCCCUUAAAUAUUUCUUUAGAAAAACAAUGUUUAGCAAUGCCACAACACCAAAAUUAUAGUGAAUUAGAAAUAAUAGAAAAUUCAAAAGAAAUAGAGGCUCUCUAUUAUUCAAAAUAA